UUGACCUGAUCGACUGCAUGGCGUAUCCAGAGCACUUUCGCGGCUGGCUGUUAAAGUGGACCAACUACAUCAAGGGCUACCAGAAGAGAUGGUUCAUCCUCUCCAAUGGACUCCUCUCCUACUACAGGGCCCAAGAGGAGAUGGCCCACACAUGCAGAGGUACAGUCAACUCGAGUGGAGCCUUCAUUGACAACAUUGACUCCACCAACUUUGUCAUCACCAAUGGACCUCAGGUGUACUAUCUCCGUGCUAGUAGUGAGGUGGAGAGACAGAGAUGGGUGACUGCUCUCACUCUCGCCAAAGCCAAGGCUGUCAAAGACCCGGAAUCUGAGAGUGAUGGGGAGGGGGAGAUGGUGGUGGUGAGAGAGACGGGUGGAGGAGAGGGAGGGAGAGAUGAGGGGAUGACACAACUGAGGAAGAAGAUGAAGGAGCUGAGUGCAACCCAUGAUGUAAUUGUCAGGAACAGUCAGGUGCUACUGAAGCAGAUCGCGACAGAGGUGGAAGGAUCAUCAAGAGGAGGUCAUCUGGACCCAACUCUGAAGGAAAACCUCAGUCUAUUCCGUCUCACCGCUGACGCCAUGGUCAAGGCCUCAGAGGGCUACCUACUGCAGGCCCGGAGUGUGGAGAAGAGAUGGCGGAGGGACAUGCAGAGCGAGCGCGACCUGAGACUGAGGCUGCAGGAGAACAUGGAGACAAUGGCCAACCAGAUACAUGGUCUCGAGAACGACGCCAAGCGCUCCGUGGGUGGUGGUGGGCGGGGCCACCGGUCCGCAAGUCAGGGGUCACGAGAGGUCGUCUUGUCACCCUCUGCUGCCACUGACACUGGUAGAGGUGUGUUUUGAUAGCUGAGUAUUGUAUAAUCCUUCCUCCA